AUGUUGCUCUGGAACCAGCUCGAGAACCAGCUCUGGGAACCAGCUCUGGAACUAACUCUUAAACCAUCUUUGGAACCAGCUCUUGAAACAGCUCUGGAACCAGCUCAGGAACCAGCUAUCUCUGGAACCAGCUCUGGCACCAGCUCUACUCUGACACCAGCUCUGGCACCAGCUCUACUAUGGAACCAGCUCUGGCACCAGCUCUACUCUGGAACCAGCUCUGGCACCAGCUCUACUCUGGAACCAGCUCUGGAACCAGCUCUGAGACAAGCUCUGGAACUAGCCAUUGAGCCAGCGCUGGAACAAGCUCUGUUACCAUGUCUUGAAUCAGCUCUUGAGCCAGCUCUUGAGCCAGCUCCUGAACCAGCUCUGAGACAAGCUCUGAAACCAGCUCUGGAACCAGCUCUGAGACCAUGUGGCUCCAAGACACGCUCUGGAACCAGCUCUGAAACCAGCUCUGGAACCAGCUCGGGAACCAGCUCGGGAACCAUCUCUGGAACUAGCUCUGGAGCCAGCUCUCGAGAACCAGCUCUGGAACCAGCUCUGAGACCAGCUCUGAGACCAGCGCUGAGACAAGCUCUGGAACUAGCCAUUGAGCCAGCUCCGGAGAAAGCUCUGGAACUACCCCCUGAACCAGCUUUGGAGCAAGCUAUUUUACCAGCUCUUGAACCAGCUCUUGAACCAGCUCUUGAACCAGCUUUGGAACCAGCUCUGAGGCCAGCUUUGGAACCAGCUCUGUAA